GGGCUGGGCGGCAGGAUGAAGGGCUUCCUCCGGCUGGCCCUGGGGUGCCUGGUGGCGGACCUGCUCACGCUGGUGUGCCGGGCGCAGGAGAAAGCCGGGCAGCACCUGGGCAGCAUCGUGGUGCUCUCCGGGGGGAACCACUCCGGCUUUGGGGAGCACGGAGACGCCUCGGAGCCGCCCCCGACCCCGGACUUCUGCCGGGGCUACUUCGACGUGAUGGGCCAGUGGGACCCGCCGUUCAACUGCAGCUCGGGGGAGUUCGUCUUCUGCUGCGGCACUUGUGGCUUCAGGUUCUGCUGCAAGUUCAAGAAGACCCGGCUGGACCAAAACACCUGCACGAACUACGAGACGCCGGUGUGGAUGAACACGGGGAAGCCGCCUGCCCGCAUCGACGACCCCCUGCACGACCCCACCAGGGAUAAAACCAACCUCAUCGUCUACAUCAUCUGCGGGGUGGUGGCGGUCAUGGUGCUGGUGGGGAUCUUCACCAAGCUGGGGCUGGAGAAGGCGCACAGACCGCAGCGGGAGCACAUGUCCAGGGCUCUUGCUGAUGUUAUGCGACCUCAGGGUCCUUGCUCAACAGAUCACAUGGAAAGAGACCUAAACAUUGUAGUUCAUGUGCAACAUUAUGAAAACAUGGAGACAAGGCCACCUGCAAAUAAUUUGCAUGGUCCACAGAUGAAUAAUGUGGUACCAACUUCUCCUCUCCUCCCUCAAAUGGCACAUCCACAUUCAUACCCCAGCAUCGGACAGAUCACAAAUCCUUAUGAACAACAGCCCCCGGGCAAGGAGCUUAACAAGUAUGCCUCCCUAAAGGCAGUCGGAGGGUAUGAUGGUGAUUUUCCUGUGAUGACACUUAAGUCAAAAGCUGACAAGGUCAAUGACGACUUCUAUUCCAAACGCAGACACCUUGCAGAACUGGCUGCCAAGGGGAGCCUGCCACUGCACCCAGUGCGCAGAGAGGAAGACAGAACGUACCCGCCUGACAAUGGCACGACCAGACAGAAUGGGCAGAAAUCCAAAGUCUCAAAGAUGCACACACACCCCUUAGCUUACAACACCAACUUCAAAACCUGGGACCCCAGUGUCCAGUCCCUCCGACGGCAGACAUAUGCAAACAAGGGAAAGCACGGCACAGGAGAACCAGCAGCAAGUGACCCACUGACAACUCGGAGCCAGCACUAUCUACCCCCACAGCCAUAUUUCAUAACUAACAGCAAGACAGAAGUGACUGUUUGAGAUUGCUUUUGAGAAAAAAAGAUCCCUUAAAAACAAAACACACACAUAAAUAACUGAAAGAGGCAAAAAAACAAGAUAUCAAGAAAGAAAGGAACUUCCACUUGGACAUUCCUGCUAUGAAGCCAAUUGUAAGGCAAAGAGUGGGCUAAUACCAUUCAGCAAUACACUGAAGGUUGAAUUAGAAACACCAUUUGUAUUUCACACUGGAAAACAAACCCUUGUGACUAAUUUUUUUUUACUUGAAACUGAAAUCCAUGAUGAGAAGUAGCACAAUCUAGAGAAACUUUAUGUCUGCUUAAACCAUUUACACUAUGUUCCUGCCUUGAGACAGAGAGCCAGUGAGAGAGAACAAUAUACUGUAAUACAUUGUUUUGGUCAGGAAUUUUGUAUAAAUUCUAAUAAUAAUAAUAAUCACUAGACCUGUGAAAACCCAAGUGCAAAUAACUUGGUACCAGCCCUAACAUUAUUGUACUUUCAUGCCAUCACUAUAUGAAGCGCAAAAAAAAAUCCCAAUAAAAUAGAAUAGACAAAAGACUCUUUCAUGUGAA